AAUGAGCACCCUUAUGUUGAAAGCGACACCUAUUUACUUCCGGGGAAGCCUCGUUUUCGGACAAUUUAGUUUCUAGUCUGAGAUAAUGUUAACAGCAAAAACACUAGUUUGCUACGGCAGUUAGCGAAAUAGUCCGAAGAAUAUAGCCGUAGUGAUUCGAAUGCUGCACUCAUGUCGGGCAGGAACAACAAUGUGGAGUGGGUUGAGACAAUCGAGGAGGUUGUUAUAACAGAAGAGUGUUUACCUCCUGAGAGCAUCACCCCUGCAGUGAUACCUGUUUUAGAGCCAGCAGAAACGCCAAUCCAGAAGUUACUGGACACUGUGGGACAGGGAGAAAACUCAGAGGCUGGUGAUGGCUUCUAUUGUGAGGAGUGUCUGACUCUCUUCCAAGAGCAGAAUGAUCCCGCCAAUAUCAGUGGCCCAUCUUUUGUUCUUGACUUUCCAACGAGCAUGGGUGUCCCCCAGAGGGCCCUCCUCACUCUGCCCUACGGCCUGAUGAUAGGAAGAUCUAGUAUUCCCAAUGCAGGUGUUGGGGUCAUAAAUCAUGGACCAGAUGUGUCUCCCGGCAUGCAUUUUGGACCAUUCGAGGGGGAAGAGACAACAAGGGAAAAGGCUAUGGCGAGUGACUUCUCUUGGGAGAUUUACAAAGGAAAGGAUGAGUUUGAGUACAUCGAUGCUGCCAGAGAAUCACUCUCUAACUGGAUGAGGUACGUCAACUGUGCUCGUAAUAAAGACGAGAUGAACUUGCUAGCGGUCCAGUACAAAGGUAGCAUCCUUUUUCACUGCUGUCGCACCAUACACCCCGGAGAUGAGUUACUGGUGGGGCCCAGCAGCAAACUUCUCGCCCGUUUUAGUGAAGCUUGGAACCAGAUGUGGGUUAUGAAGUUGAAUGCAGCAGAGAGUAAUUCAACUGCGACAUCUCAGAUCUUCCCGUGCUCCCACUGUCAGCUGUCCUUCACUACAGAAGCCUUCCUCCAGCGACAUACAGAAAACUUCCACACACAACCAAAAGCGGACUGUACAGCACCAGUCGUUGAAGCAGUUGAACCUGAAAAUCCUGCUUCAAAUGCUGACUCUGCAGAUUCCCCAGUGGUGUUAUCUGUGGAUCCCGUGGAGUCCAAAACGUGUUCUGAUUGUGGGAAGACUUUCAAGCAAUUACCUCACCUCAAGAGGCACAAGCUUUGUGUCCACUCAAACAAGCGCCCCUACUGCUGCCCGCAGUGCAGGCGAAGUUUUAGCCAGGCGUCCGGCUUAAUCAGACACCAGCUAAUCCACAGAAAGCAGGUUGUGAUAAAAGAGGUGCCUAAACAGAGCGAAAUCCUCAAUGAAGGGAAAGAGAGCUUGACAUCAGAGUCGGAGCUUUCUAAUACAGCAGCUGAGGAAGUGAUUCAAACAAAGGGAAUGAAUGCAAGCGAGAACAUAGAAGAAGCCAAGGAUGCAACUGAAACGGAGAAUACUUCUGCAGGAGAGGCAGAAACAUCCCAGGAGUUGGAUGAACAGUCCAACAAUUGUUCAGACUGCGGAAAGAGCUUCAUAUAUGAAGCGUCCCUCAAAAAGCACAAAGCGAUGGUCCAUGACAAGUUUCGCCCGUACGUCUGCACUGUGUGUCAGAAGUGCUUUGGCCAGUACAACGACCUGACCAGGCACCUGCGGCGUCACCAGAAACAAAGCAAAGGGAGAGAAGAAGUAAACCAGGCCGAGGAGGAAUCUCACACUAUGCCGUUUAGCUGUGCGGAGUGCUCACUGACUUUUUCUUCAGUGGACACGCUUCAGGAACACAUAAGCGAGACUCACUCAGAGGAGACUCAAGAGGACGAUCCAGUGCCUACAGGUGAUGAUCAGAGCCAUGACCCUGACUUCAGUCCACAACCCUCAGUGGCUGAAACAGUUGAGUCUAUCCAAAAACUUCCCUCUCAGAGGCCUCAGCGACUCGGAGCUAGAUCUAAAAUAUCCGCCAUAACAAAGCUCAUAGCUCCAAAACGAAGGUCAACCAUCUGCAAGAAGCCGUUAACCGGCACGGCUCAGACUGAGGAGAAGUGCAGUGAAACGGAAACAGCCGGUGUCAGAAACGGAAAGUUAAAAAAAUACAAAUGGUUCAGUUGUAAUCAUUGUAAACGAACGUACGGAAACCCAGACGAUCUCAAAGCACAUAAGUGUGCUCUGAGACAGCACAAGUGUGGUCAGUGCGGGGCAACCUUUCAUAAGUCUGGCUUCCUGAAGAGACACGAGCAGACGGUACAUGUAAAUGGAAAAUCUUACACCUGUGACCGCUGUGGUAAGGUCUUCUCUACAGGCGGGAACCUUAAACAGCAUCAGAAGAGCAACACUUGUAUGAAGUAUCACUGCACGUCUGAGCUUUUCCCAUGCUCGUUCUGUCAGUUCUCCUUCACUAUGAAGAGCUACCUUGUUAAACACAUCAGGAGACACCACCCGGUUGAGUAUCUGUCACACUGCGAUUCAGACAGCCUAAUGGAUAAGAUGGAGGAGGAGGAAGAGGAGGAGGAGGAGGAGGGUGAAAAGGAAUAUAUAUGCCCUCAUUGUGGGAAGAGCUGCGCGAAUGCCAAAGCUUUCAAAACUCACAUAUGCUUCCAGCAAGUAAAGGUGCUCUACUUGUGCACUGACUGUGGUAAGGGCUUCGCAAACCACUACAGCCUCAAGCAACAUCAGCGCAUUCACACAGGCGAGAAGCCGUACAACUGCCCUCACUGCAGCAAAAGCUUCUCCUACACCGGCCAGCUCAACGUGCAUCUCAGAACUCACACGGGGGAGAAGCCGUACCUGUGCACCCACUGCGGGGAGAGCUUCCGGCAGUCGGGAGACCUGAAGCGACACGAGAGGAAGCACACGGGAGUGAGGCCGUACAGCUGCCCCGAGUGCUGUAAAAGCUUCAGUCGCCCGCAGAGUCUCAAAGCUCACCAAAUGCUCCACCAGGGACAGAGAAUGUUCAAAUGCACCCAGUGCGGGAAGAGCUUUUCCCGAAACUAUCACCUCAGGAGACACCAUCAGAAGAUGCACUUGUAGUCAGACGACACUUCUAAGACUUUGGAAGAAGAUUGUUGCCAAUGUAAACUGAUUUGCACUCAGUGGUCAAGUGCUUCACAGUUUUGCUCUUAGAGAGUUGCAGAGAAUUUUUUUAAUGUCUUGUACAUAACACUAUUUUCAGUUAUACUCAAGUUUAUUUAAAGCUAAAGCAAUUCAUAUCUAGUCAAUUUCAUUUUUGUUUAAAAUCAUCAACACAUGAAAUUGUUUUCCUGCAAUUAAAAAAAAUGUAAAAGAAGACACCAAAGUCACAAAAACACUUACUGCAGUUUGUCUUAAUGUCAACUUGCUUUGAAAUAAAAACAACAUACUUGACCAUCA